GCGGCCUUGACAGCCCUGCAAAGUAACCCAGCACCCAUCUUAGUUCUUGUGUUGUUCUUGCACUCACGGCCUUGCCUGCGUCUGGUGUCAACGAGCUCGUUGCAAUGGCGGAUAUCUCGAAACCAAUCUCUUUCUGCGAGCAUUUGCAGUUGUCGAGUCUGGGCGUUCAGCCUGCCUCAAUCUCAUUCCAGACUCUGACAUUAGAAUCCGACCACUUCAUAUGUGUACGGGAAUCGGUCAACGGCCAGAAUCAAGUCGUCAUCAUCGAUCUCGCGGACGCCAACAAUGUUCUAAGGCGGCCUAUUAGCGCAGACUCGGCCAUAAUGCAUCCUUCGAAGAAGAUUCUCGCGUUAAAGGCUGGCCGAACGCUUCAAGUUUUUAACAUCGAAACGAAGCAAAAAGUCAAGUCGCACCAGAAUAACGAAGAUGUUGUCUUUUGGAAGUGGCUGUCAGAGUCUACUCUGGGUUUGGUCACGGACACUUCGGUCUAUCACUGGUCUAUCACAGACCAGACGUCCGCACCACAGAAGGUUUUUGACCGUCAUCCGACGCUUACCGGCGCACAAAUAAUCAACUACCGGGCGACUCCUGAUGAGAAGUGGCUAGUAUUAAUUGGUAUAACCGGAAAUACGACGAACCCUUCCGCAUUCAAGGUGAAGGGUGCCAUGCAACUUUACAACAGGGAUCGAGGUGUCAGCCAGCCUAUCGAGGGGCAUGCGGCUUCGUUUGCGGAACUCAAGAUUGAUGGUCACCAACAUGUCACGAAACUCUUUACUUUUGCUGUGAGAACCGCUACUGGUGCCAAGCUUCAUGUUGUGGAGAUCGAUCACACGGCGCCCGAUCCGCCCUUCGUCAAGAAGGCGGUCGACGUCUAUUUCCCCCCGGAAGCUACCAAUGACUUCCCUGUCGCUAUCCAGGUAUCAAAGAAGCACGGGAUCAUCUUCUUGGUCACCAAGUAUGGCUUCAUUCACCUUUACGAUCUCGAGACCGGUGCAUGCGUGUACAUGAAUCGCAUAUCUGGGGAAACAAUAUUUGUCACGGCGGAGCUCGAAGCUGCACAUGGGAUCAUGGGUGUCAACAAGAAAGGUCAAGUUCUCUCCGUCAGUGUUGAUGAUCAAACAAUCGUACCAUACAUUUUGACUACCCUUAACAAUACGGAGCUCGCGUUCAAGCUCGCAAGUCGUGCAAACCUUCCAGGCGCCGACGACCUUUAUGUGAAGCAAUUCCAACAGUUGUUUGCUGCUGGUCAAUUCAGCGAGGCUGCGAAAAUUGCUGCCAACUCUCCUCGUGGUAUCCUGCGAACUGCGCAAGUGAUCGAGUCGUUCAAGCAAGCACCGACGCCUCAGGGUAGUCUGUCCCCCAUAUUGCAAUACUUCGGCAUACUGCUAGAGAAGGGCGAACUGAAUCAAUUCGAGUCUCUUGAACUUGCUAGGCCCGUCUUGCAACAGGGACGCAAGCAGCUUCUUGAAAAAUGGUUGAAGGAGAACAAGCUCACAUGUAGCGAGGAACUCGGAGAUAUUGUGCGACUGCAUGACAUGACCCUGGCACUGAGCGUGUAUCUCAGAGCCAAUGUCCCGAACAAGGUCAUUGCAUGUUUCGCUGAAACAGGUCAAACAGAAAAAAUUGUACUCUACGCUAAGAAGGUCGGAUAUAGCCCUGACUAUGUCUCGCUGCUGCAACACGUUAUGAGGACCAGUCCCGAGAAAGGUGCCGAGUUUGCUACUCAGCUCGCCAACGAUGAGUCCGGUCCUUUAGUUGAUGUCGAACGUGUGGUGGAUAUCUUCAUGUCACAGAACAUGAUACAGCCUGCAACAUCCUUCCUUUUGGAUGCUCUGAAAGACAAUAAACCAGAACAGGGCCCCCUGCAGACGCGUUUGCUCGAGAUGAAUUUAGUUCACGCGCCACAAGUUGCAGAUGCUAUCCUUGGCAACGAAAUGUUUACUCACUAUGACCGCCCGCGCAUCGCUAACCUUUGCGAGAAAGCCGGUCUUCUGCAAAGAGCCCUUGAGCAUUACGAGGACCUAGCAGACAUCAAGCGUGCGGUCGUGCACGCCAGUGGCCUGCAACCUGAUUGGUUGGUGAACUACUUCAGUCGGCUGACAACCGAACAAUCCAUGGCGUGCAUGUACGAGAUGCUUCGGGUAAACAUCCGGCAGAACUUGCAAGUUGUGAUUCAAAUCGCUACCAAGUACUCUGAUAUCUUGGGCCCCGUGAAGUUGAUUGAGAUGUUCGAGUCCUUCAAGAGCUUCGAGGGCCUGUACUACUACCUUGGAUCGAUUGUCAACCUAAGCGAGGAUCCAGAGGUUCACUUCAAGUAUGUCCAAGCUGCGACGCGCACUGGGCAAAUCCGAGAGGUCGAGCGUAUUUGCCGAGAGAGCAACUAUUACAACCCAGAGAAGGUCAAGAAUUUCCUGAAGGAAGCAAAACUUCAGGACCAGCUCCCGCUCAUCAUCGUCUGCGAUCGCUUCGACUUCGUUCACGACCUCGUGCUUUACCUUUACCAGAAUGGUCUUAUUAAGUUCAUCGAGGUGUAUGUUCAACGCGUGAAUUCCUUCCGGACACCUCAGGUUGUUGGCGGCUUACUCGAUGUCGAUUGUGACGAAGCUUCUAUCAAGAGCCUCCUCGCCUCUGUAACCGGCAACUUCCCCAUUGACGAACUCGUGGCAGAAGUUGAGCAACGGAACCGUUUGAAGUUGAUUUUGCCCUGGCUUGAAGCUCGCGUCCAGGCUGGUUCUCAAGACCCUGCGGUAUUUAAUGCGCUUGCCAAGAUAUAUAUCGACAGCAACAAUAACCCUGAAACAUUCUUGAAGGAGAAUCACCUUUAUGAACCACUUGUGGUCGGGAAAUUCUGCGAAGCCCGUGACCCCUACUUGGCGUACAUCGCCUAUGCUAAAGGCUUCUGCGAUGACGAACUCAUUGUUAUCACGAACGAGAACUCGAUGUUCAAGCAGCAAGCUCGCUAUCUUAUCAAACGCCGCCAACCUGAGCUUUGGGCCCAGGUUCUCGUUCCCGACAAUAUUCACCGUAGAUCCCUCAUUGACCAGAUCAUUGCGACUGCAUUGCCGGAGUGUACAGACCCAGAUGAUGUCUCUGUCACUGUCAAGGCUUUCUUGUCAGCUGAUCUACCACUGGAGUUGAUUGAGUUGCUGGAGAAAAUUAUCAUCGAACCUUCACCUUUCAGCGACAACCGCAACCUACAAAACCUUUUGCUCUUGACUGCCAUCAGGGCUAACAAGGGCAAGGUCGUUGGAUAUAUCAACAAGCUCCAGAAUUACGAUUCCGGGGAAAUCGCUAAGAUUGCCACUGACCAUGGUCUUUACGAGGAGGCAUUCACAAUUUACAAGAAAUAUGAGCAGCACGUCAUGGCUAUGAACGUUUUAGUGGAGCAUGUGGUAUCCAUCGACCGGGGUCUCGAAUACGCGACGAAGGUGAACAAGCCCGAAGUUUGGAGUCGACUUGGCAAAGCUCAACUUGAUGGCCUUCGCGUCAAAGAUGCUAUCGAUUCCUACAUCAAAGCCGACGAUCCUUCGAACUUUGCCGAGGUGAUCGAGAUCGCAAGCCAUGCUGGGAAGCACGAUGAUCUCGUGCGCUUCUUGCAGAUGGCCCGUAAACACCUCCGGGAGCCCCAGAUCGACACGGAACUAGCUUACGCCUACGCAAAGACUGACCGCCUCCACGACAUGGAAGACUUCUUGGGUAUGACCAAUGUCGCAGAUAUCCUGGAAGUUGGAGAGAAGUGCUUCGAGGAUGAACUUUAUCAGGCUGCUAGACUACUUUUCGCCAGCAUCUCCAACUGGGCUCGUUUGGCCACUACGUUAAUUUACCUAGGGGAAAACCAAGCCGCUGUCGAGAGCGCCAGGAAGGCUGGCAACACACAAGUCUGGAAGCAAGUCCAUGCUGCUUGCAUGGAGAAGUCCGAGUUCCGUCUUGCACAAAUUUGUGGUCUGAACAUUGUCGUCCAUGCAGAAGAACUGCCAGCAGUUGUCCAAUCCUACGAACGCCGUGGCCAUUUCGAUGAAGUCCUCGCUCUAUUGGAGGCUGCUCUGAGCUUGGAGCGCGCACACAUGGGCAUAUUCACCGAGCUUUCCAUUCUGUAUAGCAAGUAUAAACCAGGAAAACUGAUGGAGCACUUGAAGCUUUUCGUAUCGAGAAUCAAUAUUCCAAAGGUCAUCAAAGCCACAGAGAAAGCUCACCUAUGGCCUGAACUGGUCUUCCUAUACAUGAAGUACGAUGAAUUCGAUAAUGCAGCUUUGGCAAUGAUCGAACGCUCCGCGGACGCCUGGGAACACAACCAAUUCAAGGAUGUGAUUGUCCGGGUCGCAAACGUAGAAAUCUACUAUAAGGCCCUUACCUUCUACUUACAAGAGCAGCCCACACUCUUGAACGACCUAUUGUCUGUCAUGAUAGCACGUGUUGAUCAUGCUCGCGUCGUUCGCAUGUUCCGUCAGAUCGAUCACAUCCCUCUCAUCCGGUCGUACCUUAUUGCUGUUCAAGAUCACAACAUUGAAGCUGUUAACGAUGCCUAUAACGAUUUACUUAUCGAGGAAGAGGACUACAAGACUCUUCGUGAUUCAAUUGACAGCUUCGACAACUUCAACAAUAUUGCUCUCGCGCAGCGGUUAGAGAAGCACGAGCUUCUCGAGUUCAGACGACUAGCUGCCCACCUUUACAAAAAAAAUGCUCGUUGGGAAGAGUCGAUAUCCCUGUCGAAGCAGGACAAGCUCUACAAGGAUGCCAUCGUUACAGCUGCUACUUCGGCAUCGACAGAGGUUGCCGAGGACAUACUCUCCUAUUUCGUAGACAUCGGAAACAAGGAGUGCUUUGCGGCAACGCUGUUUGUCUGCUUCGAUUUAUUGCGGCCAGAUGUUGUGGAGGAAUUAUCAUGGCAACACGGUCUCAAUGACUUCUACAUGCCCUACAAGAUCCAAGUGUCGAGGACUAUGCGAGAGAGGCUGGCCACUCUUGAAAAGGAAGUUCGAGAGCGCUCGAAGAAGGAAAUUGCCAAGGAAGAACAAGAGGCUGAACAACCUAUCAUCAACCCUGGCAUCAAUCGCCUGCUAAUCACGCAGGGCAACGGAUACCCAAGUCAACCACCUCCCAUGGUCAAUGGAACGGGGAUGAACAUGGGUAUGGGUAUGGGCAUGAUGCCUGCCAUGACUGGUUUUGGAGGCUUCUGAUUCAUGCCUUUAGUCGAGGAGUCUUGAAUUUUAUUGUACUUGCAUCUUUUUGUUUUCGCUACACUGCUGUAAUGGAUUGAUUUUUCAUGACAAUUUGAG